AUGUCGCAUUUCUCUGCACAGCUCCAGCCUGGCCGUGGGCUUGGCUUUCUAGCCCUCGGAGCCUCGUUGCACGAUAUCCUAACGCGUCUCAAGGCUGAGCCUCAGCGAUUCCCCAAAAUCGACAUAUUAUAUGACCCGAAGAGCCCCGUAACAGAGCCUGUCUGUAUCUAUCUUCCCCUCAACGGGAUCCGACUACGCUUCGAUGGACCUGAACAGCGGUUAAGACUCAUUGAAGUCGUCGAUUUCAACAAGAGCCACAUUACGUUCAACGACAAAGACCUAGUAAGGCCCCUUAACGGCACGACGGCAGCAGCCCCGACAAACACCAACGAUGGAUCCCUAGGACCAACAUUCAGACACAUCUACCAUAGGCUUCUAGGGCCAACGUAUGCAGGAGAGUAUCUUCCACCGACGAACGGCCAACAAGACGGGAUUUACGUACUCUCCUAUCCUGGUGUUGCUUUCAACUUCUCGCUGCCAGCGUCAGCCUACUCGCCAGAUAAGGAUGUCGUAUCGUUACUCUCCUCGUCUUCAAGCCAAACGGCAACAUCGAUGGCCAUCUUCAGUGGGGUCUCGUGGGCCGAAUCCCGAAGUACUCUAUGGACUGAAAUCCUCCCCAGUGUUAAGCUCACGUCCAUUGUUCCCCGCAGCAAGGAUGUUGCGCCUGACGAGAUUUCGCUGAUCCGGAUACAAGGCGGUGGGAAGCUGGAGCUGUUCCGGAAGUGGACGAACAACGCAUUCGUGAUUAAGCUGGGAGAAACAUCUCCGCAGGAUUUAAUAAGGGAGCUCGGCCCGCCAAGCGCAAUUUAUAGAAAGAACGAUCAGAAGAUGGUGAUCCACAAGCUUCGCACGGCAAGCCAUACACGCAGCCGACCGAGCGCUGGUGAGCUGGGAAGGCCUGACGACUUGACCGACACGGAUCAUUCCUCGAUGAACACCGGUUCGGACGACUCGGACAAUGAAGCUGCUGUCGAGGAGUUUGCGCGGAACCCGUCAGGAGAGUGCUUUUACAACUACUUUUUCCUCGGGUUUGAUGUGCUAUUAUCAACCCCUGUGCCGGUAUCCCCAACGCCCCCUGGGCAGGUUGGGCAGGAAGAAAUAGCUCCAAGUGAUAUCAAAAAUCAUUCUCCAGACAGACUUGUCGCCACCAAACUUGUCAUUCAUGGCAACGUGCCUGGGUCGUACGAAUUCAAUCGCCAUCGGCGCUGCCGCUGGGAAAUUGGGUGUCUUCCCGAGAAGCCGGAGGAAGGACCCGCCAACUCUGAGCUGCUCUUCAAAGACGUAGAGGUUCGUAUGAACGAGAAGUGGGCGCCAUCUCACCCGGGCCAGGGCGCACGACCGCGGCAGAGAGGCAUGGUCUUGAACCGUGGCUGGGGAGACAGUCCGGGCAGCAGCUGCGAGUUGCUUGGGGGCUGGGAAGAGAGUGGUGCUCGCAGGGCGGAAGCCAACGGCGAUUCGACGACGACGACCCUUUAUGGGUUCCCCGGUAUGGUGUUUGAGGUUUUGAAGAACGGAUAUGUCAAUACUCUUACGGUGUUUUAG